AUGCCGCGAUCCGCGCAGCGCUCCGCUCCGCUCCGCUCUGCCCCGGUGGGGGGGGAUGGGGGGUGGCACCCCGUAGGCUCCGCCCCGGUGGCCUCACGCAGCCCCGACACCUCGCACCGCCGCCGCUCGCCCGCGGCUUCCACCCGCACGGCCCCGCCGGCAGCGCGGUGCUCGCGGGAUGGGUGCGCGGUGCGUGCAGGACGGGUGCGGGUCGCCGCAGGAUGGGUGCGCGGUAGGUGCGGGAGGGAUGCGCAGGGCUCCGGGCGGGCUCGGUGCGCGGUGUCUGCGGGCACGGGUCAGCACGUGCCCGAGGAGAGGCGGGGCGGGUUAAUGUGUCACCGCGCGGGGUGCGGGGCGCUGCGGCGUCCCGCGGGUGGGAGGAAUCGGCGCUCAACGCGGGGUCUGAGGUGGGUAGGGGCCCUGCGGGCGGGCGGGCGCCGCGGGGCUGUGUCCGCAGCCGGGUCCAGGAAGGUUGGAGUUGUGAUGCCGGUGGCCGAGAAGGGAUACGCGAUGAAGCGGUGGCUGCGGGAUCGGAGGCUGCAGGAGCGGCACGCCUUCCUGCAACGCGCGAUGCGGGGACCGGCCGACAGCGGGGACCUCCGGGACGCCGAGCCGCCCGCCGGCUCCCCGAACCUCCACGGCCCCGCCAUCGUGCCUGAGCCCCUCUCGGGCGACCCCCGGAACCCACUCGCAGAGGGACCCGGCCCUUAUGGCGGAGGCCGUGCGGCGCAGCGACUUCCUGCGACUUUUGGGAGGGGGCCGCCCCGAGGCUCUGGCGCUGAGCUUCGUGACUGUGCGACGGGAGGACUGCGAUGCGGUGGUGGCCGAGGGCGGCGAAGGGACGGCCAUGAACAUCGUGGCAGCCCCGCAGCCCCGGGCGCGCGUGUGCGUGUGCGUGGCUGCCGCGGUGCACGAGGCCGCCCGCACCCCGCAGAGGGACGCCUGAGCGUGACCCAGCGGGGCCGGCAGCUCCGCACGUUGAGGCCCGGGGACAUUUUUGUCGAGUUGGCCAUCCUGUAUCACUGCUCGCGCACUGCUCGCGCACCGUCACCGUGCGGGAUAAGUGAGCUCCUGCCCGCGUGCCCACAGCGUCCGGCCUCUCUUCCCCCGGCACCCUGCUUACUGCGUUUUGCCCCAGCGCUCGGCCCCGUGCGCCUCUGGGCCAUUGACAGGCAGCGGUUCCGUGCCAUCACAACCGGCAACGCCCGGCAGCGGCGGGCCGAUGUGCAGCGGGUCCUGAGAGCGGUGCACUGGCUGCAGGAACUGUCGGACUGCCACCUCUCCAAGUCGCUUGAUGCCAUGGAGGAGUGCUCCUUCACACCCGGCCACCUCAUCAUCUGUGAGGGCGACGAGGGGCAGAGCUUCUACAUUAUCCUGAAGGGUGAGGAGGUGCUGUGCUGUGAGGCAGUGCCAUGGGACAGCGCUGGGUCUCUCUCACCCCGCUCAGCCCCACAUCCCCACGGGUGCAGGUCAGCCGGCGUGAGGAUGGGCAGAAGAAGCUGCUGCAGAGACUUCCUGCAAAUCAUCCCCUUCUGCCCCCACCACGACUCAGAUGUGUGAGUGUCCUUGUGGGGACGCUCUGGCCCCACGGUCCCCAUGUGCAUCGUUGCCUGGGUGGGUGCUGGGCACAGUGACGUGGCACCAGCAGCGGGUCCUGGACUCUGCCCUGGGAGCACAGCACGGCCCCGGUGCGUGCUCAGCACAGCCUGUGUGCUGCCCUGUCUGAUGGGUCCAGAACUCCAGAUCCCAGAACCCACCCCGUGCCCAGAGCCAUGCUGUGUGGCUCUGGGGGUUGGAGUGGGGGGUUUGAGCUGGGGCUGCUUCCAUUUGCAGAAAUGUGUCUGUAACAGAGGUCUGACGGAACCCAUGCGGUCAGUGUGGGAUGGAUGGGAUGGGGGUGGGAUGGGUUGGAGGCAGGAAUAGGGAUGG